AAUUUCAAACGGCUAAUCCCCACCUUUUGACCUUAUCUCUUGUCAGUGACCCAAUGAGAAAGGCAUCCCUUUGACGAAAACUCGAAUCUCUUUCAUCAUAAAUCAUAAUCAAUCUUUCACUUUUUCUUCGUAAUUAAAUCUCAAUUCAUUUCAGUUCCCCCCUCUUUGUUCUGCUUCAUCUAUAUAAUAAACUCUGCUUUUAUUUGGGAGUUUCUCAAAAGGGCUGGGUGUUCUUUGUUUUCGUAUGAGCAGAGAUGACGGUGGAAUUGAUGAUGGGUCACGGCGGCGUUGGCGGUGGAGGCAACAGUUUUACAGUCAAAAUGGAGGAAACUGCUUUGAAAGAAGCUGCUAAUGCUGGGAUUCAAGGUUUUGAAGAACUGAUAAGAUUGAUGUCUAAAAGUCAACAGCUUCGCUCGCAAGAUGUUUGUUUUAAUGCCCCUUCAAGUUCAGAACCAGCUAUGGAAAUCCAAGCUGUUACAGAUAAGACUGUAAGUUCCUUUAAAAAAGUUAUUUCGUUAUUGGGUCGACCUAGAACUGGUCAUGCUCGGUUCAGACGAGCUCCUCUUAAUCAUCUCCCACAACAACAACAGAUUCAAGUGAGCAAAGAUGAAGAAGUAUCGACUUUUAAGCCUUUAUAUUCAACCCCAAGUUGUAAGUUACCUCCUUUGCCAACCAAAAGUAGCCAUGUUUUAAAGACUGGUGUUUUAGAGCCUGGGAAUUCUGUUAUGUCUUCAUUGACUGGGGAUACUGAUAGCAUACAACACCAACCGUGUUUCUCUAUUGGUUUUCAAUUCACUAACCCUUCUUCUCAUGGCAAACCUCCUUUGUCUUCAAAAAGGAAGUGUAAUUCCAUGGAUGAUGUUGCUAAUCUCAAGUGUGGAUCAUCAUCCUCUGCUCGUUGCCAUUGUUCCAAGAAGAGGAAAUCAAGAGUGAAAAGAGUCAUUAGAGUCCCAGCUGUUAGCAACAAAAUGGCUGAUAUUCCUCACGAUGAUUAUUCUUGGAGAAAAUAUGGCCAAAAACCAAUCAAAGGUUCUCCUCAUCCAAGGGGCUAUUACAAAUGUAGCAGUGUCAGAGGUUGUCCUGCAAGGAAGCAUGUAGAAAGAGCUGUCGAGGAUCCAAGGAUGUUGAUUGUAACAUACGAAGGUGAUCACAAUCAUAGCCAUAAUAUCACCACAGAUGUCCCAUCGGCGCUAGUUCUUGAAUCAUCAUAAAGAUCAUCCCAUCCAACGGCUAAAAUAUCUAUAGGGUUGUUCAGAUUAGUCAAUUUAGAUCCAUAGGUUCUGUCUCCAACAAGACAAAAGAAGAUUGAUUAGUGGGUAAGUUUAGCUGUUUCUAAAAAAAAAAAAAAAGACAAAAUAGUAUUCAUUGUUUUUUUGGUAUUGGAGGGGGGCAUAUAGAGUAGGAGAUGAUGGUGGAUUUGGUGGUGGUGGGAGUUGAAUCAUGCAUAGUGGUGGGUAUUUUUUUUCUUUUAAUGUAUUUGUUGAUGUUCUUAUACUCAAUUACUAGAAAAAAUUUUCCUUUUUAAUAUAA